CUCUCGCUUUAUCAGUCCUCAGGAUGGGCAAGUUGGAGGGAUUGAGGACGCUGCGCCGCCAACAAGAAUAAUUCACUCGUUUUCAGAGAGACGAUACGACUAGCGGAUAUAUUGGUUCCACCAUGCAAUACGUUCGCCUGGGUCGAUAAUUUACGCUAUUUUUAGGAGGAGUUUGCCUUUAUUACAUGUGAAGUUCAAUGCUGGAAUAUAAUUUUUAAUACGGAGUGUUUUCUUUUGUUUGGAGCGUUUUUGUGUGUGAAGAACCUGCAGAGCAACUUUUGGAACAAAUUACGCAUACGCAGAGGAUGGUGUGUUACAUGUAGAGUGAAAGUUUCGCUCUGCGCUCUGUUGGGUCAUUAUUGUAUUACAUUUUUGUAUGUUUUCUGCUUUGCUAACUAUAUUCAAGAACAAAAUAGGUUUAAAGUCCUGGACUGCAGGAGAAAUGGCCAGCGAACUGAAACCACGGCUUUGUAUCAUGACAAAGAGUGAGAACGGGUAUGGGUUUCACUUGCACGGUGAGAAGGGGAAGAACGGCCAGUUCAUUCGCAAAGUUGAGCCCGCGUCGUCAGCCGAAGCUUCGGGGCUGCGCCCGGGGGACCGUGUCAUUGAGGUGAACGGGGGAAAUGUGGAGAAAGAUACGCACCAUCAAGUGGUGCAGAGGAUCAAGGCUGUGGAGCAUGAGACCAGGCUGCUGGUGGUAGACCGGGAGACGGACGAGUACCUCCGCAGCCUGCGCCUCGUCUGCACCGAGGAGAUGGCUGUCCGUCUGGGGGGACCCACCUCUGUGUCCCCUGCCUCACCACCCCCCUCCUCGCCCCCGGCCUCCUCGCCCACCGCCAAGAGAGAGAACGGCUCCGUGUCCAAGCUGCCCACUACCCUGACCAGAGAGGUACCCAAGCCCACGCGAAGGUCUCCGUCGCGGGCCGCCAAGAAGGAGGCUCUGGCCCAUGUUAAUGCCCAUGUCCAGGUGGCGCGGCCACCAGUGGACCCAUCGGAGCUGCUCCCCAGGCUGUGCCACCUGGUGCGGGCUGAGACUGGCUACGGCUUCAACCUGCACAGUGAGAAGUCCCGGCCGGGCCAGUACAUCCGCUCCCUGGACCCUGGGUCUCCAGCCGACCACGCCGGGCUCAGACCACAGGAUAGACUCAUAGAGGUGAAUGGGGUGAACGUGGAGGGCAUGCGUCAUGCGGAGGUCGUGGCCUUCAUAAAGAGAGGAGGAGAUGAGACCAGGCUCCUGGUGGUGGACCCUGACACAGACCAUCACUUUAAGAAGAUGGGUGUCACCCCAUUGGCCAGCCACGUUAAAGACUUUGACGGUCCGUCCAUAUCCAACGGCUCCCCCAGUCCUCAGAUCAACGGCAGCUUCACCAGCCGUUCCAUCCAGUCACACCACUCUGACCUGAGCAGUCCAGACAACAGCCUGCAGCUGGGAGAGGACGAGGCGAGCCGUCUGAUGGACCCGUUUGCUGAGAUCGGCCUGCUCCUGAGUCCCACUGCGGCUGAGGCCAAAGAGAAGGCCCACGCCAAGAGAGCCAAGAAGAGAGCCCCUCAGAUGGACUGGGACAAAAAACACCAGCUCUUCAGCAACUUCUGAACUUUUCUGCCACCCAAUGAGAGAAGCAGAAAGACUGUGGAAGUUGACAUUUGUGAAACUUACCUUCAACAUUCCUACCCGUUACCCCACCACCACUACAUUCCUACCCGUUACCCCACCACCACCACCGCCACCACCACCCAAUCCAACAGAAGACAAUAUGCAGAUAGAAUGUUGUUCUUUGAACAUUGGCCAUCCAACACCCACUCCCCCCUGCUUCCAAAAUGGACGGGAUGGAAUGAUGGACAUCUCAUCAUUUACCCCUCCUUCAAUCCUCCCUUCUUCCACCCUUCUCUAUACCCUCAUCCCACCCAGAGAGAGCUUGUCUGCUGGACUGGACUGGAAUAAGAGACUCAAGAUUACCAGCUUCUUCUGAAUCCUCCCGUCAUCAACAGUCUUUCCCUAAACCAUCCAAUGCCCCUCCUCUUCUACCACUAACUCCCACCUCCUCUGAGGACUGCUCUGGAGAGAGGAGGCACUUCUUUUUGUAUUUAGAAAGUAGAAAAGCACCAUGAUAGGUGUUAGCCAGCCCAGCUAUAAGGAGUAUGGGGAAUGUGGACUAUGUGAGAUGUUUGUGAACACUGUGACCUGAUCUUAAACAUUGGGGUUUGUUUUGACCCUGUAAGAGAAGGAACGUACGCCCAAAGAUGGAUAAAACUCUUCCUCCCAUGAUCCUCCUGUGAUUUUAUUGUGUAAUCGAUGCGCCUCAGACUUCAAGGAUUCACUCACCAGGAAAAGCACAAACUGGAGGCUGAAUAGCAUUGCUUCUGUAUCAUCUCUGUUUGUAUUUGUAUCAAAGCAUCUGUUUUCUCAUAAUGUCAUAACAUUUCCACUUUGCUCCCUAUGUUGGAUAUGAACUGGUAUUCAUAGAUGGUGUUAACAAUGCAUAGACAAUCAAAAGCCUUACUCCACCCAUCCCUCCCUCUCAAUGUGAUAGCAUUUAAGAUACAUUGACUGAAUGCAUGCAUACAUGCACACACACAAGCCCCCUAUGAUUCUCUAACCUAUAGGCCUGCUUCACUCAUUCUAAGGCAGUUUUAGUUUAUUUAAGGGACCCUUAUCUUUAUGACAUCAAUGACAUCCUCUCCACUAUUUCAUAUCCCAAUGUCCCCGACAUAGAAAUAGAAUUACUAGAAUGGGAAUUCCUCAAUCAAGUUAAGAGUGAAUAGAUCAAGCGUUGAGUUUUUUACACUGCCUGUCUAGUGCACCAGGGGGUGCUAAUAAGACACACAGCAACAUGAAGCCACUCCAGUACACUGCUCAGAGAUGUAUGAGGAUUGGGACAUGAAAGUACCAUAGCAGGAGAAGAUAGUCUGGGGAUGAAAUGACCACUUUAAAGAUGUAUGAGAUCUAUGUAACACCUUGUAACAUUUACGUAAAGCCUGCAGGUGUGUGUUAUUACUAGUUAUGAGUAUCUAUCAUGCUUUACCUGUUAUAAGCAAAUAUAAUGCUAUAUUACUUGCUACAGUAUGAGCAUGUAUAAUGCUGUAUUACUUAUGAUGAGCAUGUAUAAUGCUGUAUUACUUAUGAUGAGCAUGUAUAAUGCUGUAUUACUUACUAUGAGCCGAACACCUUUUAUAUGCAAAAGUGUAGAUACAAAUAAUGUAUGAAAUAACAAGAUGGAUAUUAUACGGGAUUGAAAGUGAGCCCAGCGUAUCAAAGAAAGCUUACAUCAUUCAGUGUUGAUGUGAUGUUGUGGUAAUGUUCUGCUCAUGUUGUGGUACAGUGAUGACAGACUGACAUAGUGCUUGUAUCAGCUACUCCAGACUGGGCUGUCUUUCUGUUUCACUUCAGAAGGGAAGGACACAGUUAUUUUUGUACAACAUGCCUGAAAGCUGUGGAUUGUGGAUCGGCUGUGGUAUCAGGGGCUUUGGUAUGUGAGUAUAGCCUGGUCGCAGAUCUAUUUGUGCGAUAUUGCCAACUCCUAUGGUCAUUAUCAAGAGGCGUCACAACAAUAGCCAUAGGAGUUGGUAAGACAGCACAAACUGAUCUCGGACCAGGCUAUUCUGAGCUAUGGGGCUAGGGGCUCUGAUCAGUGGGCCUGCCCAGUGGGGGCUGUGGUGGUGGUGGGGUGGUGGGGCAGUGGGGUGUGUGGGAGAGGCCUAUCCUGGAGGUCAGACUCAGAGAUGCUCUAAUGAAUGAGACCAGGGGAGCCACAGGACUUACAGGAGAUUAGUCCUAGCAUAGGAUAGCAUGGGGACAGCUGUCCUGCACACAGACACACCCCAGACCAAACCACUGUCACUGUCUCAUAAGGGGGUGAAGAUCAAGUUUAUCUUACUGUGUGUGUGUCAUCCACUGUUACGGAUAGUAAUCUCAGGUCCCCCCGGUUGUUCAUAUUGUGGUAGGAUCUACACAAAGAGAACACUCCCCAGACCAAACCACUGCUACAUCUCAUACGGGGGUGAAGGGAGAUAGAAGGGAACGUUUGUCUCUGUGUCAUCCAUUGUUACUAUUCACCCAGGGUCCGUAUAGUGCUGAUCAAGGAUCAGUUUUGCCUUUUAGAUCAUAAUUAAUAAGAUUAUAUGGACAGGAGGGACCUGAUACUAGUUCAGCACUCCUACUCUGAGACGCUUUCUGAAUACGGGCCCAGGUCCCCCCUGGAGGUUCAUAUUGUGGUAGGGUCUGAAAUGCGGGUCCCUGGUUGGGCUCGGUCUGAGGUACAGGCCAGGGUCAGCUGUGCUAUGCGGCGCCGACACCACACUUAGGACGGAGAGAAAUGUCUGAUCUGUUUUCAUAUAUUGCACAAUUUAUCUUUGUUAAUAUGCAUAUUGUCAUUACUAUUACUCAUAAUAGUGCAGAUAACAGUUUUUAUUUCUCUGGUUUCCAUUUGUGAUCUAGCACCAAUGUGUUUGCAUAAGGGUUUUUACUAUUGGUCCAUAUGAUAAGCUGACCGUUAAACCCUGAGCAGAAUGGUAUAUGACCCAUGUAUAUUUACAUUUUAGUCAUUUGGCAGACGCUGUUAUCCAAAGCGGCUUAAAGGAGCAAUUUGGGGUUAAGUGCCUUGCUCAAAAGUUUGUCGACAGAUUUUUCACCUAGUUGGUUUGGAGAUUCCAACCAGUGACCUAUCGGUUACUGGCCCAAUGCUCUUAACCACUAGGCUACCUGCCUCCCUACGGUAUAUAUACGGCAGGUUGUAUUUUUACAAUAAAGUGUGACAAUCUCCUUCUGGACUAUAUGACAUCA